AGUCCACUGUGUUGUCGCCACCCAUCACCGUCACAAUGGACCGAGUCCUUGUCUCAGCCUGACUCACAGCAGCCUGGGCGUGGCCAGACUAUAAAUUCCCUGCCUCACUCUUUUCCCAACUUCUCCAUACAUUCCCACCUCGUCUCUCCGCUGCACGUCUGAACCUACUCCCGCGACCAUGCCUUCAGAACUGGAAAACGCCAUGGAGUCACUCAUCAAGGUGUUCCACCGUUACGCCUCCGACGACGGCAAGAGCACCACGCUCAACCGGCGAGAGCUCAGAAGCCUGAUGGAGAACGAGCUGUCCAACUUCCUUCAGUCCCAGAAGGACCCCGCUGCCGUGGACAAGAUCAUGAAGGACCUGGACACCAACGGGGACGGCCAGGUGGACUUUGAGGAGUUUGUUUCUCUGGUAGUUGGACUUUCCAUUGCCUGUGAGCAGUGCUACAAGAUGCACAUAAGGAAGUCAGUAAAGCAUUAAAGGGAAAUCAGCAGCAGCGAGAAAAAGGAGAAGCCAAAAAGCAUUCGAAGUUUUGUAAAGAUUUUUGUCCAUUAAAUACAGUGAAGAAUUUCCAA